CUGGCUCCAGCACUGGCGCUUUCGCUCCUGUUGCGUUGCUAGACAUGGGCGCAGAGGCAGAUGCCAAGGCGGCCGCAAAGCCGGCGGGGGAGGUGGCCAAGCCUGUGAAGAAGCCCCGCCUGGAUUGCAUCGACGGGUGCCGCUUUGCGCUGGUUUUCCCCAUUGUCAUCGCCCACUUUGCAAGGUUUGGCACGAAGAAUCUGACCCUGCUGAAACUGCUGACCCAGGAGAACGUUCUGGUGGGAGGCUUCUUCGUCAUCUCUGGAUAUGUCUCCGCGUACACCUCCACCAAGCUUGGGGCCAGAGGAGCCGAGGAGAAGAAGCUGGCGAACCCCGAGCUCUUCUUUUGGCAGAGGGUUAUGGCGUAUUACCCUUUGCAUUUCGUCAGCUCUGCGAUCUUUGCACCCAUGUUCAUUUGGGCCGAGAGGCAAUUCAACGCAACCUGGAAAAUGAUCGCCUUCCGGGCCUUCUUGAACUUUAGCAUGCUGCAGGCUUGGUUCCCAAAGGAGGCUGAGAUCUGGAACCAGCCUACUUGGUUCUUGUCCGCGCUGACCUUCUCGAACCUCACCAUGCCCACUUUUGUGCUGCCACAAGUUGCUGCGCUUUCCAAGACUGGCUUGCACAAGCUCUUUCUUGCCUUGACUGGAGUCUCCCUUCUGCAGAAGGUCUCUUAUUCUGAGACUGCCCGUUUCCACAGCAGCAAAGAACAUCCAGUCGAUGGAAAGGUGAUGAUGCCGCUGAUCUGGAACCUGACGCGCUUCCAUCCCUUCUGGGCCUUGAUGGAGAUGACCAUGGGCAUCGUCGCCUGCCGGGAUGUGAUGCUGGACACGGAGGAGGACAAGAAGAAGCAGCCUUCGAAUCCGCUUUGGCUCUUUUUGGCAGCAUAUGCCUCACUUGCACUGCGGCUCACAAAGUUUGACUUCAACGAUGCAAUUAUCCGUGGAGUCCUCUUCGUGCCCAUCUUCACCAAGUUCCUCACCGCGAUGCACCGAGAUGCCUUGUCAAAGAGUCCCUCAGCCAUCACUCGCUUCUUCGGGUGCAAGCCCAUGGCAACGUUGGGCUCCAUCGCAUUCCCCAUGUUCAUCGUGCAUGGUCCGGUCGGGCAGAUCUUCUACAAGAAGGUGAUCGCAAGGAAAUUGUGGGGUGCACCCAUGCCCACCAGCUUCUUCCCGUUCUACCUUGCAAUUUGCCUCGGGCUCAGCCACCUGGUCAACGAAUACUUCGUGAAGAGCAAGAACGUGGCAGCGCUCGGUGGGAAGGUUGCACAGUUUUUGGGAAGACAGACGGAGGGCAUGUUGCGCGACAGCGCCUAGAUUUUGCCAGCGGGUGGAGGUACAACGAGCCCGGUCGGGCUUUGUUGAUGCUCCGCUCCCGGCGUUUGCAUUUUGACUCCUGGUGUGUUCGUCUAAGUGACAGAAAGCGCAGCAGGAGUCACUUCCUAACGUUAUGACCUCAAGGCUCACGACCUUGCGAUCAUGCCGUUGGCCCGCCUGGUUUCAAGCUUAAGAGUUCCCCGCAUCGACUGCGGACCCCGCACGGGCAACUCCAGUCAGUUGCUCGUGGUUGGACACCAGGCGACCCGCCCGAUGG